CGCUCCACUCCUCCGCUAGGCAGACAGGCACCACAGCAGUAGCAGGAUGUCGAUUGUGAGUGUGGUCGCUCGGGAGAUCCUCGACUCCAGAGGAAACCCCACAGUGGAGGUGGACCUGCGCACCGACAAAGGUCUCUUCCGAGCUGCUGUCCCCAGUGGAGCGUCAACAGGGAUCUACGAAGCUCUGGAGCUCCGAGAUGGAGACAAGAAUCGCUACAAAGGGAAAGGUGUGUUGAAGGCAGUAGGACACAUCAAUGACACUUUGGGACCAGCGCUUAUAGCCUCAGGUAUCAGUGUGGUGGAGCAGGAGCAGUUGGAUAACAUGAUGAUCGAGAUGGAUGGAACAGAGAACAAAUCUCAGUUUGGGGCCAAUGCAAUCCUGGGUGUGUCUCUGGCCGUGUGUAAAGCCGGAGCUGCAGAGAAGGAGGUGCCUCUGUACAGACACAUCGCAGACCUGGCUGGGAACACCGAGCUGGUCCUGCCUGUACCUGCAUUUAAUGUGAUAAAUGGCGGCUCUCACGCGGGGAACAAACUGGCCAUGCAGGAGUUCAUGGUUCUGCCUGUCGGAGCUGAGUCCUUCAAGGAGGCCCUGAGAAUAGGUGCGGAACUGUACCACACUCUGAAGGGAGUGAUCCAGCAGAAGUAUGGACAAGAUGCCACUAACGUGGGUGACGAAGGGGGCUUCGCCCCAAACAUCCUGGAAAACAGUGAGGCUCUAGAGCUUCUUCAGACAGCUAUUGAGAAGGCUGGCUUCACGGAUAAGGUUGUGGUGGGGAUGGACGUGGCUGCCUCUGAGUUCUACAGAGAGGGAAAAUAUGACCUGGACUUUAAAUCCCCACCUGAUUCAUCCCGCCACAUCUCAGCAGAGGAGCUAGCCGACAUCUACCAGGAUUUUGUCAAUAACUACCCAGUGGUUUCUAUUGAGGACCCAUUCGACCAGGAUGACUGGGAGGCCUGGUCCAGACUCACAGCCCGAGUCGGGAUCCAGGUGGUGGGAGACGAUCUGACAGUGACCAACCCCAAAAGGAUUGAGAGGGCUGCAGAGGAGAGGGCCUGCAACUGUCUCCUGCUCAAAGUCAACCAGAUCGGGACUGUUACCGAAGCUAUACAAGCAUGUAAGCUGGCUCAGGCCAAUGGUUGGGGUGUGAUGGUGAGUCAUCGCUCUGGAGAGACAGAGGACACCUUUAUUGCCGACCUGGUGGUGGGACUCUGUACUGGACAGAUCAAAACCGGUGCCCCCUGCAGGUCUGAGCGCCUCGCCAAGUACAACCAGCUCAUGAGGAUCGAGGAGGAAUUGGGCGACCAGGCUCGAUUCGCUGGCCAUAACUUUAGGAACCCCAGUGCUCUGUGACACCUUUGCAUACACUCGAAAAAACACAACUAACACUAACACUGCAAAAAACACAACAACAACUACAGACACAAGACUGCAAAAAAUCUACACGUGGAAAAUGGCUCCACAAUUGAGUUGUUUGACUAGUUAAGAUCUAGUUACAAAUAUGUCUUCUUUUAUCUCCCACCUGACAUUUCUUUAGAUACUUUUCCACCAAAAAUAUUCAGUGUUGAUCCAAGGCAAACAAUUUACAUUUUAAAGAGGGGGUAAUAUGCAAAAUUGAUUUUUUUAGCUUUCUAACAUGUUAUAACGUUCUCUCAUCAAAAAUAUGCCUGAAGAGGUUUUUAGAUAUCAUCCAUGCAUGAAAUUUUAUGAUCUCUCCUGGGACUUAUUUAACCGUCCUUAUGGUUAGCUGUAAGAUUCUGUCCAAGGCUCCGCCCACAAGCCUACAUCACCCAUGCUCCCACACGACAAUUCUCCAUAAAUAUACAAAAACAUGUCACAAAACUGCACACAGCAACUUGACAAACCUGACGUGAUGUGCAGUAGUUUCAUCAGAGGGAUUUACGCUGAUUGUGUUGUGAUAGCACUCUGAAAUGGGAGUGGCUUAGUGUGGGGAGCAAAGGGAGGGGAGACUCAAAAACAAGACAAAAAGUGUAUACUAUCUGUAUUUGGGUGAAUAUAGCAUUUUCAAAACAAUAAAAAGUAAAAUGGUGAUCGAAAUGUGUAAUGUGUUAGCAGUUAAUACCUCACGGAAGUAAAAUACCCCCUCUUUAAAGUUAAAUACCUAGAAAUAUAACAAAUAUAAGAAAUAUGAAAUAUCAGACACCUAAAAAAUUUUCUUAGUACCAAUUUCUAAUCUCAUUGGCAGACCACUUAGCGUAAUACAUAGACAACUUAUCAACAAGCCAAAGGGUUCAAAGUAGAUUUAAACACAAGAAACUGAUUUUUCUUAUUCUUUUGUUUUGUUUGCAGUGUCCAACGUGCAGAAAGACACAAAUCACUGACUGAACUGACAAAUCACAAGAACGAGCCAUGAUGAAAUAUCGCACUAAAAUUCAUGAAAAAAAUAAAAUACAAAAAAAGUAACUAAACAAAUGAAUUAUGCACUUGACUCACGCAACAGCCAACCAAAACAUCACGACCACCUGUUCACCACAAGUCUGUUCCAAAUGUCAUAAAGGAUCGCGCUGUUAUUGUGUGGGGUUUUUCUCAUCUGUAAUGGUCAGUUCCAAUUUGAGGUGGUUUAGUCCUAGUUUAGACCUGGUUUAGUCCUCGUUUAGACCUGGUUUAGUGCUUGUUUAGAUGUGGUUUACUUGAUGUGGAGGAGUUUUGGCCUUGCUUUGGUCCUGGGUUAGUCCAGGUUUAGUGCUAGUGUAGACUUGGAUUCAAAACCUGGACUGUGGAAUUUGCAUGUUCUCUCUGUGUAUCGAUGGGCUUCUUCUGGUUUGUUCCAUCAAACCAAAAAAUGCUAAAUAAUCCCCCAGGUAGGUACUCCUGACCAGGAUGACUGAAGGAUGGGCCAAAUGCAGGUUUAACUCAGACACACUGAAGGAUGGGUCAAAUGUAGGUUUGACAUCAUUGUCUAUUUUGUUAGAGAGCAAUAACAGACUUCAUUGUGUUUCUCUUCACAGUUUCUGAACAGCUGAAUGGUUUUUGGGUGGUCGUAAUGAUUUGGCUCUUGUGCUGUGCUGUGAGUCCUUCUAGAGGCGCAGGAGCUGUAUGCACACAGGAAAACCAUACGAAAGCCAGACGUGCACUGUUACUGUUAGUUAAACCUGUACAGCUGUAGACCACCAGUGACAAAACUGACAGACAAAUAAUGUAAAAAAAAAAUAAAUAAAUAAAUAAAGGCACGAGAUUUAAAAUAAUAAUGAUAAUAUCAAAUAGACACUUUUGAAAAACACCAAAAGAUGUUUCAGGGAUAGAGUGAACACAGCCCAGUCUCCUAGAACAGACAUUCAAUACUCAUAUAAUGUAAUAGGUUAUACGCUGCAGCUUGGGGAGUUUUUCAUAAAAUUUCAUUAAGAAUUCAUGCCUAAAAUGUGUUUGUGAUUUUUAUUUACAUGCCCUGGUUUAAACUAGUUUGGACCUGGUUUAGUCCUGCAUAACAUGGUUUAGAACAAAUUGGUCCUGAUUUGUUUGGCUGUCUCAAAUUAAUUAUGAAACACUGACCUUUUAAACUUUAAAUAUGUUAAGAGGAUUUACAAGCUAAGGAUUAAUGUUUGGUCAAUAUAUAUAUAUAUUUGUGAGAUUUUUUUAUUUUUUUUUAAACCAAAGUAAAAAUUCACCACAU